GCUAAGCAGCCACUGAAGAGAGUCUGUCUGUAUUCCUGCCUUCGUGGGUUAUGAAAGAUAAGACGGAGAGAGACCAAAAACAACAUAGAAAUUACACACAGAACACACACUUCUGGAAAUUCCGAUGUUAAUCUAUGAAUGAAUGAGAAGAAAAAAUGAAGACAGCAACUUUGAACCAAAUAGAAGUGUUACCCCAUUUUCAAAAACCCUCUUGCUAUCCUUCUAAAACCCUUAAACCCCACUCUUUAUUUUCCAAAAAUCAAGUAUUUUUCACUCCAAAGUUGCAAUUUUUAAAGCCCCAGAUUAAACCCUUUUGCUUUAGCCCCAGAAAGCUCAGAAUCAAGGCUUUCAAUGCUUCUUCUUCUUCUUCUUCUGCAUCUCAGGGCUCCAGUUCAGAUGAAAAUGAAUCAGCUGAGCAGCUUUUUGAGAAAUUGAAAGAAUCGGAGAGAGAACGUGUAAAUAAGCUGGAGGAGUUUGAGAGGAAGGCAAAUGUUCAGUUGGAGAGGCAGCUGGUAAUGGCUUCUGAUUGGAGCAGGGCAUUGCUGACAAUGCGGGGAAAGGUGAAGGGAACUGAAUGGGAUCCUGUGAAUUCUCAUAGGAUAGACUAUAGUGAGUUCCAGAGGCUUCUGAAUUCAAACAAUGUACAGUUUAUGGAGUACUCAAACUAUGGACAGACGGUUUCAGUGAUUUUACCAUACUACAAAGAUGGCAAAAGGGAAGGUUCUGCAGGGAAUAUGAACAACAUUGUUUUCCGGCGCCAUGUGGUCAAUCGUAUGCCUAUUGAUUGUUGGAAUGAUGUUUGGCAGAAGUUACAUCAACAACUUAUAAAUGUUGAUGUGUACAAUGUUAAUACAGUUCCAGCAGAAGUUUAUUCAACUGUUGCAACCGCAGUUGUGUGGUCUAUGCGCCUUGCUUUUGCAAUUGUAUUAUAUCUCUGGAUUGAUAACAUGAUGAGACCUAUUUAUGCAAAACUCAUACCAUGUGAUCUCGGAGAGCCCCCAAAGAAGAAAAGACAGCCACUGAAACAGCGUGCCCUUGGAUCAUUGGGCAAGAGUAGGGCUAAAUUUAUAUCAGCAGAGGAAAAAACUGGUAUUACAUUUGAUGAUUUUGCUGGGCAAGAAUACAUUAAGAGAGAGCUACAAGAGAUUGUAAGCAUUUUAAAGAAUGAAGAAGAAUUCCAAGAUAAAGGCAUCUAUUGUCCAAAAGGUGUACUUCUCCAUGGCCCCCCUGGAACUGGGAAAACUCUUCUUGCAAAAGCUAUAGCUGGUGAAGCAGGUCUUCCAUUUUUUGCAGCUAAUGGGACUGACUUUGUGGAGAUGUUUGUAGGAGUGGCUGCAUCUCGUGUGAAGGACCUUUUCGCUAGUGCGAGGUCAUUUGCCCCAUCAAUCAUCUUUAUUGAUGAAAUCGAUGCAAUUGGCAGCAAACGUGGUGGCCCUGAUAUUGGUGGGGGUGGUGCAGAGAGGGAACAAGGAUUGCUUCAGAUACUUACUGAAAUGGAUGGUUUUAAAGUGUCAACAUCACAGGUGCUAGUUAUUGGUGCAACAAAUAGACUAGAUAUCUUGGAUCCUGCUCUCUUGAGGAAAGGCCGUUUUGACAAGAUUAUAAGAGUUGGCUUGCCAUCAAAAGAUGGUAGGUUGGCCAUAUUAAAGGUGCAUGCGCGAAACAAGUAUUUUCGUUCUGAAGAGGAGAAAGAAACUCUGUUGAAGGAAAUAGCUGAGCUCACUGACGAUUUUACUGGGGCGGAACUGCAAAAUAUACUGAAUGAAGCUGGGAUUUUGACUACUAGAAAGGACAUGGACUAUAUAGGGCGUGAUGAACUUCUGGAGGCAUUGAAAAGACAAAAGGGCACAUUUGAAACUGGCCAAGAAGAUAGCACAGAAGUUCCUAAGGAAUUGAAACUAAGAUUGGCAUAUCGAGAAGCUGCUGUUGCUGUUCUUGCUUGCUCCUUCCCAGAUCCUUAUCGGCCUUUCACCGAGACAGAUAUAAAUUCUAUCCGUAGUCGACCGAAUAUGCACUAUGUGGAAACCCCAGGCAGGGUUUUUAAAAGAAAAGGAGAUUACGUGAACUCCAUAGUGCGUGCAUGUGCUCCUAGAGUUAUUGAGGAAGAGAUGUUUGGAGUAGACAAUCUUUGUUGGAUUUCUGCCAAGUCAACUGUAGAAGCUUCGAGGCUUUCAGAAUUUCUGAUUCUGCAGACUGGAAUGACUGCUUUUGGGAAGGCUUACUACAGAUACCAGAAUGAUCUUGUGCCUAAUCUUGCUGCCAAACUUGAAGCACUUAGAGAAGAGUACAUGCGCUUUGCCGUAGAGUCAUGCUCAUCUGUGCUAAGAGAAAACCAUUUUGCUGUUGAAAGUAUAACAGAUAUUUUACUUGAGAAAGGAGAGAUAAAAGCUGAUGAAAUAUGGAGAAUAUACAAAAGCUCUCCACGCAUACCUCAGGUCCAGCCAACUGUUAGACCAGUAGAUGAGCAUGGAGCCCUUAUCUACGCAGGACGAUGGGGCAUCCACGGUGUUUCUCUUCCAGGGAGAGUCACUUUUGCUCCUGGAAAUGUUGGAUUUUCAACUUUUGGUGCUCCGAGGCCAAUGGAGACACAAAUCAUCAGUGAUGAGACGUGGAAAUUGAUUGAUGGAAUUUGGGAUAGAAGGGUCAAUGAAAUAAGGGCAGAAGCCUCUAUGGAAAUCAAAGAAGAAGAAGAUAAACAAGAGCCUCAACUUUUAAUGGCCAGCCAUUUCCUGUAAUGUGUGAAUCCUUUGGGAAAUGUCAAUUUGGCAACUGCACCUGAACCUCAAGGGUAUUAUCAAUCAAGACUGUUAAUCAGAACAAAACUGAUGUGACAAUACCAGGCAGAGUUGGUAGUUGUGACUUUGAGAGCUGAAUCGUGCAAUAUCUGGCAGUCAUGGGAUUCGAUGAGGACUUUGAGAGCUACAGGUGUGCACCUGUUUCACCAAAGAGUUCAGCUUUUGGAAGGAACUGAGCCAUGGUGUAGAGAUAACCAAGUGAAAUAGCACUUGCACUGCUGCUCAUAGCUUGUAGAAAGGCCAGACUUGACAGAUUCAAAUUUUCGGACGGCAUUCAUUAAAAGUUUUUGCUGACCUAUAUAUGUAGAAAGUGGGAGAAAAAUAUAUCCCCAGAGGUGGCUUGAUCUUUAUGUUAGAAAUAUAUUAAAAUUCAAGUUUGUAGCUUCUUAACUAAACAUAGAAGGACGGCUGUCACAAUGGGUAGGACUAGCAUUGAAUUUUCUCUUACCUGACAUGAAUACCAUGCCAAUAUUAUCAAUCAAACUUGAGUUAAGGUUGUUAUCUUGCUUUGUCAAA